GACCCAAACACACCUUCAUCCCUUUAAUUGCAUUCCACAAAUUGAUUUUAACUUUCAAAUUAAAAUUUGACUCUAAAAUGCUUGACUUUUUGGAAUUAAGGUUCAAACACAAAUUCCCGAUGUGAAGGUCAGAGCUAGCUGACAAUAUGAUUCUAAUACAGGCUAAGUGUCUAUAUAUCAAUAGAAAACAAUUAACUUGGGGAUCAGCUGAUCUGUGUGUAUUCUUCCAUGCAUACUCGAUCAAACUGCAUUAAAUUAUACGGAGUAUUUAGGAUCAGGAGGAAGCGAGAACAGCCUCAAAGAAGGGGGAGCUGUCCUGGGCAAUGGAGACGGUGGAGUACAGCCCCAUCCCGAAGCUGCUCUCCGACGCCGACUUCGAACCUAUCCUCUUCUUUAUCUCGUCCCACGCCGAAUCCACAAACUUCCCCGCCUCCCCGAUCUCCGUGUACACCCGGUUGCUCGACCCCGGGGCCCACGAGUCGUCCCAGGCCACCACCACGUCCGCCCCGCCGGCGGCGUUGGGCUUCGCCCGGUACACGACGGCGGCUUCCGACCCGGAGGCCACCACGGGGCUCUUGACGUGCAGGAAGCCGCCCCACUGCCCGUUCUGGAUGAUCUUGGGGUACGACGACCCGCCGUCGGUGUAGAGCUUGCCGUACCAGUCCUUGGA